UUAAUUUUACACUAGUAUAAACAAGCAAGAAGUAAGCAAAACAAAACAGCACAGCUUAGAGCAACUUCAAUUCCAAGAUUAAUGGCUUCAGCUCCCUCCAAGCUCUACUCAGAUGAUGUUAGCCUUGUAGUGGUGUUACUCGACACUAAUCCUUUCUUCUGGAGCUCUUCUUAUUUCUCCUUCACUCAGUUCCUCUCUCAUGUCUUUGCGUUUUUGAAUGCGAUACUGACUAUGAAUCAACUCAACCAAGUUGUAGUUAUUGCUACUGGCUAUAAUACAUGUGACUACCUAUAUGAUUCAUCAUUGACGAGCAAUCAGAGCUUUGGAAAUGGUCGAAUGCCUGCAUUAUGUGGGAUUUUGUUGCAAAAUUUGGAGGAAUUUUUUAUUAAAGAUGAGAAACUUAGUAAACAAGAGACGGACGGAAGGAUUGCUUGUUCCCUGUUAUCAGGCUCAUUAUCGAUGGCUCUUUGUUACAUACAGAGGGUUUUCCGCUCAGGAACACUCCAUCCGCAACCUCGAAUUUUAUGCUUGCAGGGAUCUCCAGAUGGACCUGAACAAUAUGUUGCAAUCAUGAAUGCAAUAUUCUCUGCACAACGCUCUAUGAUUCCAAUAGAUUCUUGUUAUAUUGGGGCUCAAAAUUCUGCCUUCCUGCAGCAGGCUUCUUACAUAACUGGCGGUGUACAUCAUAAGCCUCAGCAAUUGGAUGGGCUCUUUCAAUAUCUCAUGACCAUUUUUGGAACUGAUUUACAUUCUCGCAAUUUCUUACAACUUCCUAAGCCUGUUGGUGUUGAUUUUCGUGCUUCGUGUUUUUGUCAUAAAAAUACAAUUGAUAUGGGUUACAUAUGUUCUGUCUGUUUGUCCAUAUUUUGUAAGCAUCAAAAGAAAUGCUCAACAUGCGGGUCUGUAUUUGGUCAAGCCCAAUCAGAUGAUGCCUCUGCUGAAAAUCGGAAGAGAAAGGCUCCAGAUUCAUAAUGUUAUAUUCUUUGAAAGGUAAAGCUGAUCAAGCUAUGAUCAACAGGAGAGCCACGUUGUCCUCUUUCCUGAACUAUCAUGUGAUUAUCUCUCUUUUCCCAGAACUUUGCGUGGAAAGAUAUGAAUACUGGAAAACAAGUCAUCAACAGUGGAUGCAAUUAGGACAGAGGUGACUAGAAAUCAAAUCUUGGGAUGCCAAUUAAUCAAAUCUUGGGCUGCAUAUUUAACUGUUUUGAGUGACUUUUUUGAAUGACUACUGGUGUUGUUCCUUCUAUCGUCUCUACUUAUACAACAGUCAUGAGACAAUGAGAUUUGAAUGAAAUUGCAAAUUUGAGCAAUGUAUGUAGCUUGUUACGGUUGAUGCUGGGUUCUUAAGACAUUUGAAAUAAAUAUAAAAAUAUUGAUAACA